CCAACCGCAGCGUCAGAAUUGAAGUGACUAGACUUGAUUAAACUGAAUGGUGGAAAGGAAGGUCCAGCAAACUAACUGUACUAGAAAACUAGAAAAUACAAUAACUGGGCUGGUCGAAUGCACUUCAAUUUGCGCAAUUUGGCGCAGAUCACCACGUCAGAUCGACACGGAGAAUUCCAUCAUCGGGUAUCGCGUUCAUACCGUUCGGUUGCUGCGUUCCCCGGUCCGCCUGCCACGACUGCUAGAUUGCCGUUUUCGGCCCACCUGCCCUCCCUUGCAAUCCGAUGGAUGACAUGAAUUCAAUGGCAUUGCAACAGAGUGACCAAACGACUCAAAAGAUGGCAAAGCGUGCCUCCUCCGAUGCCUUCGGAGCCUCAACGCUGCCAAGCUUUAACACGCGGAUCGGCUCCAUUUUCUACCUUUCCGUCAUUCCACCCUUUGGUCAUCACAACGAUCUUGUGGCUUGCUCGGCUUCAUUUGAUUGUUCAUGUUGCUUCUUCAACAUCAAAAAUUGUUGAAUCUGGGCGAGGCAGCUGAGGCAGGUUGUUUAGUUAGUUCAUCAUGAUGAACAUGAACAUGGACAUGUCGGGUGGUGGUGUCCCCUGGCUCGAUCAACCUGUAAUGCUACAUUCGUCUCGUCAUGAUAUAUGCAAAUUAUCUGAAGCCCAGUGUGUUUAUCGGAAUAAUCGCUGGAGAUACUGGUAUCAGGCCGACCAUGUAUAUGGCCUGAGCACGGUAUAUUUCUGCUGUGCAGUGAUUGCUUUCUUUGCCAUGUCGAAUCUCUUCGUCAGGAAUUGUCCGGGCCGGCUGAAGCGCACUCGAUUAUGGCGAGUAACCACCUCGGUUUCCCGGUAUAUCUCCUAUCGGGGUUAUCGAUCCCCGAUGUUGAAGUAUUGGUCCCCAUCCUUGGGUGUCAUCUUGCUUGGCGUCGUGGGUACAAUAUUCUUCUUCGCCAUGACCCUCGGUCCUAAACCCUUCUACUGGCCCACCGAUGCUAGCUACGGAAGUAGUCCACCCAUAGCCACAAGGGCUGGCUGGAUGGCUCUUGCUCUGCUGCCAUUUGUCCUGGGUCUAAGUGUCAAGGCCAAUAUAAUCUCUGCCCUAACCGGUAUCCCCCAUGAGAAGCUUCAAGUCUUCCAUCACUGGACCAGCUACGCUAUGUUUGUGCUAGCUCUGGUUCAUACCUUCCCAUUCAUCAUAUACCAUAUUGACAAGGGAGAUAUGGUAAAGCAAUGGAAGACUAGUCUUGUAUACUUCACCGGUAUUGGUGCAAUUAUCCCCCAGGCGUACCUGACAAUCCUGUCUCUUCCGUUCAUUCGCAACCGAUUCUACGAGUUCUUCAAGGCAACCCAUAUGAUUGCUGCCAUUCUAUUCAUGAUCUUCUUCUUCCUUCACUGCGACUUUCGUCUCUCCUCGUGGGACUACUUUAUCGCCAGCGGUGUCAUUUACUUCCUUUGUCUACUUUCUUCCCAGGUGCGCACUUAUAUGAUGCAUGGCGUCCACACAGCAACCUUGGAGCUUCUUCCAAGUGGCCUUGUCCGAGUCUCCGUUCCGACCUUUAUCAAAUGGACACCCGGCCAGCACGUAUUUGUGCGUUUCUUGACGUCAGAUUUGCAUCUGCUUACCGCGCAUCCAUUCACAAUCUCCUCGGUCAAUCGAGACCGGAGUGAGACACGCAAAGUGUCCGAGCUUGUUUUCUACAUCAAGCCUCGUCGUGGCGUAACGGCUCGUCUUGCUUCAUUGGCUGCCAAACAACCUAGUGUGACGAAGAAGAUUCUCAUCGAGGGGCCGUAUGGCGGCGUGAGUACUCAUCAUAUGUCCCACUUUGACACCAUACUCGUCAUAGCCGGAGGGUCAGGUGGUGGCUUCUCUCUUGCAAUGGUAGACGAAGCGCUGCGCAUGUCUGGCAUUAACACGGGCGAAGACGAGUCGGGACAGGAAAGCCGCUGCCGGCUUCAAGUCGUCUUUUCAACACGCGACGCCCCGAUGGCAGAUUGGUACAUCGGCGAGAUUGAAGCGCGUCUCGCGCACACUACUACCUUGCCAGGCUCAGACAACGGGUUUGAGACUUCUGUCUCGGUACAUAUUACCUCGAACCACGGUUUGACUCGCUCGACCUCAACUUUAGACUCGGAGAAGGGCACUGGGGAUAAGUUACCUCAAACAGAUAUCAGAACGACUGGAUCGUUCUGUCUCAAUAUUCAUAGAAACUCUCGACCUGACAUUCCUAGUCUCGUCGCUCGAGCGGUUGCUAUUGCUCACGCAAACCCCAUGCCGAAAACCCAAAAGCAGCGAAUUGGUGUCCUUGUUUGUGGUCCGGCGUCUAUGCUUCACGAUACCCGAAAUGCCGCGGCCCUUGCGCAGAAGAGCACGCUUGGUGGUGAGGUUGAGGAGUUGUAUCUGCACUCAGAACCUUUUGCGUGGUGAUCAUAUUCAGGGUCAAUAUUUGCUGGUCUGAAAUUUGCUCGAACUUUAUCAUUUUUGUGUGUAUAUCUAGGCCACUCUUAAAAAGUUGAUGACAAGAAGAAAAGACUACCAUCCUACUGAAUCGGUCCCGUAACAUUUUUUGUGUAUAAUUAGCUGAGUGAGAAUGAUGCUAUGCAUGAUACUGUCUGUG